GAUUGUGUAAUCCAGAUUACAUAUAAUCCAUGAUCAGUGCGUGUACCUGCAGAUCCAACAUGCCGAUUCCUGCCGACAGCAUCAGUUUAACACAACAGAGCAGAACAGACGGCAGAGAUGAGUGUGUUUCCUGAAGAAACUCCUCCUAAUGUCAGACACACACACACAGAGAGAGAGAGAAAGUCGCUGAAGGUGCUCGAGGACGCAGCGGUGUUGUGAUGUGGGCUGUGCUUCUGCUGUUGCUCCUCCCCCCUGAGGGGUCUGGCUCCUCCCCCUCCAGGCCUACGCCCAAAUACUGCCGCAGGUGCUGCGAUCACCUAGACCUGCCCUUAAGCCCUGCCUCCUCCCACUCUGCAGCCAAUCAGAUGCCAGAGAUCCGGACAAUCAUUAACAUGACCAUACUUAAAGGUGAUAAAGGAGAUCGAGGUGACCGAGGGACCCCUGGUAAAUCCGGACAGGACGGAUCCCCGGGAUUCAGAGGUGUUACAGGGCCCAAAGGCAGUAAAGGAGGCCCCGGAGCCCCUGGAGACCCCUGCAAAGUCCAGCAGUCGUCCUUCUCGGUGGGCCGCCGCAAAGCUCUGCACAGCGCAGAUUACUACCAGACGCUGAUCUUCGACACGGUGUUCGUCAAUCUGGGGGAACACUUCAACAUGUUCAAAGGCAAGUUCUUCUGCGUGGUUCCCGGCGUCUACUUCUUCAACCUGAACAUCCACACCUGGAACCUGAAGGAGACGUACCUGCACGUGAUGCAGAACGAGCGGCCGCAGGUGAUCCUGUACGCGCAGCCCAGCGAGCGCUCCAUCAUGCAGAGCCAGAGCAUCAUGCUGCCGCUGGAGACCCACGACACCGUCUGGGUGCGGCUCUACAAACGACAGCGCGACAACGCCAUCUAUAGCGACCACAGCGAUGUCUACGUCACAUUCAACGGUCACCUGGUGGCUCCCAAAGGCUGAAGAGCUGAGAGAUUAGAGGAGGGACCGCCACUGGCAAAUGUGUGUGUGAGUGUGUUCAUUGUGUGUUGUGUUGUUUUAAUCCUGUGUGUUCAUUGUGUGUUGUGUUGAUUCAAUUCUGUGUGUGUGUGUUCACUGUGUUGUGUUGUUUAGAUUCUGUGUGUGUGUGUGUGUGUGUGUGUAUGAUGUGUUGUUAUAAUUCAGGGUGUAUCUGUUGUGUGUGUGUUAUUUUAAGUGUGUGUAUGUUCAGUUUAUAUAUUUGUGUGUGUGUGUGUGUGUUUUCAGUUUCUGUGUAUUCACUGUGCGUACAUUGUGUGUAUGUCUGAUGAGUAUGUGUGUGUUCUGAUGUGGGUUUGUGUGUCUGAUGUGUGUGUACAUCUGUUGUAUAUAUGUGUGUGUUCAUUGUGUGUAGAGUAUUUGCUUGUACGCACGUUUGUCUUUGUGUGUUCAAUGUGUGUGUUAUAUUAUUAUAUAAGUGUGUGCAUUUUCAAUGCAUUUGUGUGUGUGUUGUGUGUGUUUUCACUGUGUCUGUGUGUCCUUGUUUGUUCAUUGUAUGAAUGUUCUUUGUGUGUGUGUGUGUGUGUGUUUGUAUUUGUACAUGGGCUUGUCUUUGUUUGUGUGUGUGUGUGUGUGUGUGUGUAUGCGUGUGUUUGGCUGC